AUGUCUAGUCAUCUCGUUAUCCCAAAAUCACAAUGGAAAGAUUUGUGGCACACUUAUAAUGGUAUCUUCCCAGGAAAGGCACAAUUUACUGAAAAGGAUUAUCCUACUUUAGAUGGAAAAGUUGUUAUUGUUACUGGUGCUAGUACCGGUGUUGGUUUCGAAGUAGCAAAAUCAUUAGCUGGUUCAACAAAUGCCAAAAUUUAUAUCUUUGCCAGAAAUAAAGAAAAGACUGAAGCAGCUAUUAAAAGAUUAGAAUUGGAAGUUGCUCAAGAAUAUAACAAGCCAAAAUCAGAUGUCCACUUUAUUCAAAUUGAUUUAAGUGAUUUGACUACCAUCAAACCAGCUGCUGAAGAAUUUUUAAGUAAAGAAAAGAGAAUAGAUAUCAUCAUUCACAAUGCUGGUGUCAUGACUCCUCCACUUGGAUCUGAAACCAAGCAAGGGUAUGAAUUACAAUUAGGAACCAACAACAUAGCUCCUCACUUACUUCAAAGAUUCUUGGAUCCUUUAUUAAUUGAAACUUCUAAAACCAACAAACCUGGUGAAUCUAGAAUCGUUUGGGUUGCUUCAACUGCAAGUUUUCAUGCACCUGAAGGAGGAAUUCAUUAUGCUGAUUAUAACUUUAAAGAAACUAAAGCACUGCCAAUGAAUAUUUAUGGCCAAAGUAAAGCCACUAAUGUUCUUCAAUCUAGAUAUUGGUCAAAGGCCCAUCCUGAAGCUGCGAAUGUUAUUUCUUGUUCUCUUUGUCCUGGUUUUCUUCGUACAGAAUUACAAAGACAUCUUCAAGGGAUCGAAGCGUUUGUAAUCAAUUUAUUACUUCACCCUGCUAGAAAUGGUGCUUAUACUGAAUUAUUUGCUGCUUUAUCACCAGAAGUUAAAACAGGUGAUUAUAUUGAAUCAUUCGGGAAGGUUAGUAUUGCUAGAGACGAUUUUAAUGAUGCUGCCGCCAAGAAGGCAUGGGAAUUUUUGGAUGAAAAAAUUAAGCCUUACCUUUAG